AAAAAAAAAAAAAGACUGUUCAUCAUCAUUCAUCCUCUCUCCCAAGACCAAAAAAAAAAAAAAGAGACCAUGAAAAUGAAGAAGAAAGGAAAAGUUUACCCAUCUCCACCACCUCCUUCAUCAUCAUCUCCAUCUUCUUCAUCAAACCAUCUCAACGAAGAAGACGAUGAUGAUGUUUCUCUCUCUGUCUUGAAGCUUUUACCAGCGACGAUUCUGGUUCUGGUGUCUGUUCUAUCAGCUGAAGACAGACAGGUUCUCGCUUACCUAAUCACCAGAGGAACCACCAUUUCCGAUCGAGGAAACUGCGGAAGAAGCUCUUCUUCGACCAGUAAGAAGAAGAGCAGCAAAAAUCACAAGCCACCAGUUUUCGAUUGCGAGUGUUUCGAUUGCUACACUAACUACUGGUUCCGUUGGGAUUCGUCUCCGAAUCGUGAGCUUAUCCAUGAAAUCAUCGAAGCUUUCGAGAACCAUCAUACCGGUGGAGAUAACAACAACAACAACAACUCUGCUUCUUCUCGCAACAAAUCUAAUAAGAGAGGUAAGAAGAAAGAGAAACCGGGUCGUCGGGUCACUGAUUCGGAUUAUAAUAAGCACCAACCGGGUCUUCGGGUUUGUGAUGAUAAGGAUACCAAACCCGUCCUCGUGGAGCCUAUGACCACCGAAACCACUACUGUUUCCGAGAGCCGACACGUGUCGUCUUCACCAGCUAGAUUGAGUGAUGAUAAAGCUGAGGUGGAUCAGGUUCAUGUGGUUGAAGAGGAAGAAUCGAAGGUGGUGGUAUUGCCGGCGGCGGGGAGUAUGACGGCGGGACACAAGGGAAUAGCGAGGAAGGUUUUGCCGGACGUGUUGGGUUUGUUCAAUUCCAACUUUUGGAGGCUUUGGAAUCCGAACGCGUAAAAUAAAGCAUCAUCCAACACCUUCUCUUUUUAAAAAAAAGUUAUGCUUUUUUUUUUUUUCAAUUUUUUGAUGUUGCUGCUGUUUUCAGAUUAAAAAAAAAAAAGUAAAAUAAUCUCAUCAUCAUCUUAUGACUAGACUCUGCUUUGGGUUAUGUUUAAUAUUGAGAUUCUUGGUUGGUAACAAAAACAAAAAUGCAGCUCCUUUAAAAACCCAA